ACGAAAGGUUUGGUGCCGGCCUUUAUAAACAACAUCGAACAAGGCCGAUUCAUUCGCCCUGCUGCUCUGCGGACGCAAAGACGCUGUCCGGGAUCGCCGUCGUCAAGGUGUUCAAGGAAAUGGAGCUGCAGCCAGACGCCCCGCCGGCGCCGGUUCCAUCCGAGAGGGACUGGUCGGAGCUACCUGUCGAUGUGCUUACUUAGGUCUUCGCGGGGCUCGGCGCCGUCGAGGUUCUCAUGGGCGCUGGCUUUGUGUGCCACUCAUGGCUUGAGGCGGCCAAGGCACCUGAGCUCUGGCGCAAGGUGGACAUGGGGCGUGGGCCGCGGGACAAGGAGGUGUUGGAGAAGAAAGGAGGUAUUGAUUCAGACGACCCAAACCACUUGAGCAAGAGCGCACAGGUGAUGUGCGCAAUGGCGAAGGUGGCCGUGGACCGAUCCGACGGGAAGCUGGAAGUGUUUGUGGGGGCGAACUUUGUUACUGAUGAGAUCCUCAAUUAUAUUGGGGCCAGGUCGCCCUCUCUGAAGAAGCUUGCCCUCUUAUCAUGCUACCAUGUAACCAGCGAAGGGUUGUACGAUCUGGUAACCAAGUGCCCUCAGCUAGAAGACAUUGAGGUUUCGCGCUGUACAGGUGUCCGCGGCGACGCAAUCUUGGCCACUGGCAGGGCAUGCCCGCGGCUGAAGCGGCUGGUGCCGGACAAAACAUUGAGGCGCAGGUGGGAUAGGAAGGAGGUGGCAGGCAUCUCCUUGAUGCAUGAACUGCGAUACCUUAGCCUCGCCCGCAGCGAGAUCACGAACGAGGAGCUCAUGGCCGUCGUCGAUGCCUGCCCGUGCCUGGAGUAUCUCUCUGUGGUCGACUGCUACAACAUAGUUGCUGACGGCGCGCUGCGAGCAAAGUGUGCCACUGUCAAGAUGCUGGAGCUUCCGACUCCAGUAUGGAUGUCAAGUAUGGUUGUCCGAAGCAGCUGGAUGUCCGACGACUAUUAUGAUUCAGAUGAACACCCUUCCUAGCUGGAUCUCCCACGACGACGAUGGACGUUGCCAUAAUUAUGGCCUUGACGAUGAUUUAGACCCUGACUAUGAUUUAGACCCUUACUGUGAUUAUUGGUGCUCGGUGUGAUGAUUCCAUGAUAUCUACCGUUUGCGAGUCAGGUGGCCUAAACCCAUCGAUCCUGCUACUCAUCCUCCAUUUCAUGAAGGACAAAAACUAUCAAAUUAGAAUUAGUUGUAGCCUCUCUCUGAUCGUUGCCUAUGUUGGUUCUUUUUCAAACUGAUUGCCUAUGUUAGUUGUGGGAUGUAUUAUGCAUGAUUUGUUCCCGAAGUCGUUUUAAUGAAUGGAGCUGUCCAAUAUCUGUGA